AGAGGCCGACGUUGAGGGAGAGGCGCCGCGAUUUCAAAUUCCGUAGCGUUAUGCUCAGACUCCUCAACUCCUACCUGGCCUGGACUUCGCGAAGCAGUCCCUCGGGCGAAGACGAUCUUCCCAGCAGGCUUCAGUGAGGCAGCUGUGCCAGGCAAAGGCUGCACUGUGGAGAUGUGAGAGAACUGUCCUGCAGAGGUAGCCAGGAGCGACAUCCUUGACAUCAGGGGCACAGGUCUCUGAGAGGAAGUCUGUGCACUUUUCCUGGAGGCGUUAGAAGGGUGUCUAAAAAGCGAAAUAAUCCCAGGACCAUGGCUAAUAAAACCCAGGAAGAUGGUGGCAUCCAUUUCCCUUUUCCCUUCACACCCUAUUCCAUCCAGAAAGACUUCAUGGCUGAGCUCUAUCGGGUGUUGGACGCUGGCAAGAUUGGAAUAUUUGAGAGUCCAACUGGCACUGGAAAAUCUUUAAGUCUGAUUUGUGGGGCCCUUUCCUGGCUCCGUGACUUUGAACAGAAGAAACAUCAAGAAGAAGCACGUCUCCUUGAAACUGGAACUGUCCCCUUAAGUGAUGGGAAGGAUCAGCCCCCAUUUCUUUCAUCCUCCUGCAAAGAGACCCCAGACACCCUAAGGCCUGCCGGAGAGCCUGACUGGGUGACUCAGUUUGUGCAGAAGAAAGAAGAAAGGGACCUGGUGGACCGGCUGAAGGAGGAGCAGGUCAGGCGGAAGAAGCGAGAAGAGCGCCUGCAGCAGAUCCGUCACAAUGCACAGCUCAAGUAUGCAGCCAAGCGCAUGAGACGGGAAGAAGAAGAAAUGGAGCGUCUCCUCCACCUCAGCAGGGAGAUGCUAGCAGAAGGAACAGGGACCGAGCCCCUAGAGCAGCUGGUAUGUGGGGACGAGGAGCUUGUCCUCGCCGAGUACGAGAGCGAUGAGGAGAAGGGAGCAGCUCGUGGAGUGGACGAGGAGGAGGAGGAGGACCUGGAGGAAGAACACGUAACUAAGAUUUACUACUGCAGUCGUACGCACUCCCAGCUGGCCCAGUUUGUGCACGAGGUGCAGAGAAGCCCCUUUGGCAAGGACACCCGGCUUGUCUCCCUCGGCUCUCGGCAGAAUCUUUGUAUAAAUGAAGAUGUGAAAAACCUGGGCUCUGCGCAGCUUAUCAAUGACCGCUGCAUGGAGAUGCAGAGAAGUAAACACGAGAAGAGCAGAGCUGAGGAUGAGAAGCCCAAGAGGAGAAGGCAGGAGCACCAGGCCGCAUGCCCCUUCUACAGCUAUGAGCAGCUGCAGCUCCUCCGAGACGAGGUCCUGGUGGGGGUGAAGGACAUCGAGCAGCUGGUGUCCCUGGGGAAGGAGGCUCGGGCCUGUCCCUAUUACGGGAGCCGGUUUGCCAUUCCAGCAGCCCAGCUCGUGGUGCUGCCCUACCAGAUGCUGCUGCACGGGGCCACCCGCCAGGCCGCAGGGAUCCGGCUGCAGGGACAGGUGGUGGUCAUUGACGAGGCUCACAACCUGAUCGACACCAUCACGGGCAUCUACAGUGCAGAGGUCAGCGGUUCCCAGUUCUGCCAGGCCCAUUCCCAGUUGCUCCAGUAUAUGGAACGAUAUGGGAAGCGUCUGAAGGCCAAGAACUUGAUGUACAUCAAACAGCUCCUGUAUCUGUUGGAGCAGUUUGUGACUGUGUUGGGAGGAAACAUUAAGCAAAAUCCCAACACACAGAGCCUUUCGCAAACAGGGACAGAGCUGAAGACCAUCAAUGACUUUCUCUUUCAGAGCCAGAUUGACAACAUCAACUUGUUCAAGGUGCGGCGCUACUGUGAAAAGAGCAUGGUCAGCAGAAAGCUCUUUGGCUUCACAGAAAGGUAUGGCACGGUCCUUGCAUCCUCCAGGGAGCAGUCCAGACUGGCUGGGUUCCAGCACUUCCUACAGAGCCUGCAGCCCGCAUUGACCGAGACUCCCGUGCCCCACGGAGAUGAGGGAGAGGCCAGGGUGCCACGGUCUGCUUCCCCGCUGAUGCACAUCGAAGGCUUCCUUGCAGCCCUCACCACUGCCAACCAGGAUGGCAGGGUCAUCCUGAACCGCCAAGGAAGUCUUAGUCAGAGCAGCCUCAAAUUCCUGCUCCUGAAUCCAGCCGUGCACUUUGCCCAAGUGGUGAAGGAAUGCCGGGCAGUGGUCAUUGCAGGCGGCACCAUGCAGCCGGUGUCUGACUUUCGGGAGCAGCUGCUGGCAUGUGCUGGGGUAGAAGCUGAGCGAGUGGUGGAGUUUUCCUGUGGUCACGUGAUCCCUCCAGACAACAUCCUGCCCCUUGUCAUCUGCAGCGGGCCCUCCAGCCAGCAGUUGGAGUUCACAUACCAGAAGAGAGAACUGCCUCAGAUGAUGGAUGAGACGGGUCGUAUUCUCUAUAACCUGUGCAAUGUGGUCCCUGGAGGGGUGGUCUGUUUCUUCCCCUCCUAUGAGUACCAACGCCAGGUCCAUGCCCACUGGGAUAAGAGUGGUCUGCUGGCCCGCCUGGCUGUCAGGAAAAAGAUAUUUCAGGAACCCAAGAGAGCGAACCAGGUGGAGCAGGUGCUGCUGGAGUAUUCCAGGUGCAUUAAGUGCUGUGGCCAUGCAGGAGGCGCGGUGACAGGUGCUCUGCUCCUCUCCGUGGUUGGAGGAAAGAUGAGUGAAGGCAUUAACUUCUCUGACGACCUUGGCCGGUGUGUAGUUAUGGUAGGCAUGCCCUACCCCAACAUCAAGUCUCCAGAGCUACAAGAGAAGAUGGCCUACCUGGAUCAGACUCUUCCCAGAAUCCCAGGUCAGCCCCCACCAGGGAAGGCUUUGGUGGAGAAUCUGUGUAUGAAGGCUGUCAACCAAUCUAUAGGCAGGGCCAUCAGGCACCAGAAGGAUUUUGCCAGCAUAGUGCUCCUGGAUCACCGGUAUGCCCGCCCACCUAUCCUGGGAAAGCUGCCAGCCUGGAUCCGAGACCGCGUAGAGGUCAAAGCCACCUUUGGCCCUGCCUUUGCUGCUAUGAGGAAGUUUCACCGCGAGAGGCCUGGCCCCUCCUGAUGGAUGACCCACCACCGCCUGAGUGCCAGGCUCUUCCUUCACCCUGCCCACUUGAAGUGUUGGGGAGUGUGGGGAGCCAGCCUAAGAAGGUGAUACCCAGGUGGAGACCAGACCAACCCCUUUCUGGAGUCAGUGGGCUGCCAGGACUGGGCACAGGUAGAAAAACCAGUAGGAGAAAAAUCGAGUCGAUCUGAAGAAACAGUGGGUCCUGGCCAUCCUUGGGCCCACCCCGGGGCAGUUGUUCCCCUCCCUGGAAUUGAAUGUUUGUCCAUGCAGCAUGGCCCAGAGUCAAGCUUCCUGCCCUGUUCCACUGCACUAUCUCUGGCCUUGCAGUCUCUCAGUGGCCACCUUCUCAGGCAGGCCCUCCUGCCUUUACCCCCUUCUGGCUACAGUUAGCUGUUCUAGACCUUCACCCUCUUUUCAAAACUAAGAAUGUUCCCUAUUUCCACCUUCCUGGUGCCCACAGGGCUCUUUCUGCACCCCUCAACCCUACCUUCUUUCUCUAUGUCGUUAAGAACUGGGAAGGGGCGCCUGGGUGGCUCAGUCACUUAAGCAUCUGACUUUGGCUCAGGUCAUGAUCUCGCAGUCUGUGAGUUCAAGCCCCAUGUCAGGCUCUGUGCUGACAGCUCACAGUCUGGAGCCUGCUUCGGAUUCUGCGUUUCCCUCUCUCUGCCCUUCCCCUCCUCAUGAUCUGUCUCAAAAAUAAACAAACUGGGAAGAGUGUCCUGAGCCUUUGUUUUUAAAUCAUAGGGCUGGUCCCUAACCUCUUCCACAGCAUUUCUUGCUCCCUUGGCUUGGCUCCAGGUCUUCCUCCAAGUCAGUGGCACCUUCCCCCUCAGCUACUUGAGCAAACUCCGAGACACCUCCUCCCCUGACUUAGCAAUUAUGCUGAGGGCCAUUAGGCUCUCAGCAGGACUAUUUUUAGAGACCCCGUGUCUAUCAGGGAGACAUUUUUCCCUGUGUGAAAAUACCCCCGCCUCUGUCUGCACCAGCUUCCCUUGUUGACUGCACCUCUCUUCUCUCCCUGACCCAGAGGAAGGGGCCUCGGUCCGCCAGGUGCUCUGCCCCCAUUGCUUGAGCCUGGUGGGAACAGGAGGACAGACACCGGCUGGGAGGAGACACUUGCACUCUGCACAGCUAUAGUUCCAUGAUUAAAAGUGCGCCACUGGUUUAUGCUUGG